AUGAUCACUCACGCGUCCGAUCUGCCCUCUCCAUCGUCACCAUUCUGUACGCUGAAGGCCUAUAGACCGAGGAGUGUCGCCUCCGGACACAGUGAUGCCGAGACUCUACGCAUUAAAGUGAAGUCACGAUUCGAGAGCGAUUUUCGGCGCGUAUCUUUUGUGGUGGACAGCCGACACGCGCUGCCGACAUGUCAAGAAUUCACCGAAUUAAUUUUCCUCCUCCACGGCCUCGGGGAAGAGCAGCGAAAUUCGGUGAAAAUCAUGUACACCUCGGCCGACGGCACAAACCUGCCGAUUUCGAAUGACGAGAACUUCUACAAAGCCCUCGAUGACAACGAGAAGCUGCUGCGUGUGGUCGUCCAGAAUAAAGCAGAGUCGCUCGAGGAGCGCUUCGGCUACGGUCUCUCCGAAACGACGUUGCGAAAGAAGAAAAAUAUCAGCAUCAGCGCCCCGCAGGAUUUUCGAAGGGUCUCCUCUAUCAUCGACACCGAUAUUCUGCCCCCAGAAAUCGUCCGCGUUCGCCUAUGCAAAUUUCACACGAACCUUCCCCUUGGAUUUUACAUACGAGAUGGCCUCUCCGAGCGCCUAACCAAUUGGGGCCCAGCCGCGGUGCCCUCAAUUUUCAUCUCGAGGCUUUUACCGUCUGGCCUAGCCGCCUCGACAAAUCUUCUCCACGAGGGCGAUGAAAUUCUCGAAGUGAACGGCAUUGAUAUCUGCAGCAAGACCCUCGACCAGGUGACGGAUAUCAUGGUGGCUAAUGCUCAAAACCUCGUGCUCACCAUCCGGCCAGCCCAUGAUUUUGUCCAUCAUAAUCGGAUGACUCGCCUGGCCUACGCCCCGCCCCCGUAUCCUUCCACUUUCUCGCCGAUGAGCCUACGCGACAAUACGCCGAUACCGAUGGGACAUUACGGUGGAGGUCCUCACUUCCACAUCGCCCACCCGGGCAGCCCGUACAUUCACGGUGCCCCGGAGGUGUACUCCAUCGGCGAGCAGUUCAGUCGCGCGUCCAUUAACACGGCUUCGACGAGCAGCGGAAGCAGUGGAUCCGGACGGAAUUGGAGGAGGAAUCAGAAUCAGCCCCCAGACGCCUACCCGUCUCCGCAUCUCCCACCGUACCUCCCGCCACAAAUCUCGAUCCGGCGCAUCCCACGCCCAUUCUCCGUACACACGGACGCCUUCGUACCCCACGAAAAACAAGUGCCCAUUCAGGCACAUCGAUUUUCUGGCAUCUACCAUGAACGAUAU